AUGAAGUCACCGAUCCCCGACUACCUGAAUGCGGCGCUGGAGAAGGUCCGGCCAAACGAAGAUGGCCAGCCCGCUCAAUACAUCAAGACACUGGCCAAUGCAGACACAUCCAAGCUAGCCGUGGCACUGGUCAUGGUCGACGGCAAUGUCUACUCUGCGGGGGACGACCAGGUGGAGUUUUCGAUCCAGUCGAUUUCCAAGGCGUUCGUCUAUGCGAUCGCCAUCGAAGAUGCCGGACUGGAGCACGUUCUGGAAAAGAUCGGGGUCGAGCCGUCUGGCGACGCCUUCAACAAACUGUCGCUACACAAGGGCAACAACCGGCCGAUGAACCCCAUGAUCAACGCCGGUGCCAUUGCGGCGCAUUCACUUGUGGUCCACCCUAACGCCACAGCGGAGGAGAGGACGGACCGCAUCCUCAAGACCAUGUCGAGGCUGGCCGGGCGACAAUUACACGUGGACGAGGAGGUGUACGAGGCCGAGCUCGAGGAUGCAGACCGCAACAUGGGAAUCGGAUACAUGCUCAAGGCAGCGGGCAUUAUCUCGUGCAGACCGGCCGAGGUCGUCAAGGGCUACAUCCGCCAGUGCUCCAUCAAUGUCAACGUGCGCGAUCUGGCUGUCAUGGCAGCAACCCUGUGCAACGCUGGGGUGAAUCCCGUUACAGGUGAGACCAUCAUGCCGGCAGAUAGUGUCCGCCAGGUCCUUUCCGUCAUGACCACAUGCGGGAUGUACGAUGCAGCCGGCCAGUGGGUGUCACGAGUCGGCAUUCCAGCCAAGAGCGGUGUCGCCGGCGGAGUCAUUGGUGCGCUGCCGGGCCAGGUUGGCAUCGCCGCCUUCUCACCCAAAUUGAACGAGCGUGGGAACAGUGUACGCGCCGUAGCACUGUUUGAGCAGAUGUCCCGCGACAUGGGCUUCCACAUGAUGGACGUCAGCCAGAUCGCUCGAGCGAGCGUGAGUACCUCGGUGGCACGAAUCGUUGCUGGAAAGCAAGAACCUCACCACCCCAACUGCGAUCGACGCGUGGUUAUAUUUGCUCUCCGAGGCGCCGUGCGUUUCGCCGGCUCGGAGCGCCUGACACGCGCGAUUGUGCGUGAACUCGGCGAGCCAGAUCCCAAAGAUCCCGGUUCUGGGGAGCACCAGGACGCCUGUGCCAUCGUAGUCUCACUCAGGGACGCGUUUUCUCUUAACCCCGUGGCCCGCCGGGUGAUCCACGAAAGCGUGAAACGUUUGCUCGCCGAGGGGAAGAAUGUGGUAGUGAUUGACCCCAAUAGUGUCUUGCAAAUGGAUCUCGACAGCCUCCCAACGUCUCAACACCCGCAGAUUGUUCAAAAUGAAAAGGAGGCGAGAGAAUUCAUAGGUGGAACAGGUUGUUCGACCAUUAAUCAAUCUGAUAAUUGGUAG